AUGGCAAAUUAUAUAACCCAAACGGAGUUUGAUAAAGUAAUUCAUCAAGAAGCGUACUCCAAUAAAAAUGUCAAUAAUAAAAAAUACAACGAAAUUGAUGAAAAAGUCGACUCGGAAAUAGUAUUCGAGUUCGGUGGACCGUGGGGUGUUACUGCAAUAAUGCUUGGAUUUCCAACUUUGAUGUAUUACAUGUGGGGGUGUCUUUACUUCUAUCGCGGUCAAUUAGUAUCCCCAUUUAACGUUGAAUUCUGGCAGUUGGUCGCGGAAGGAGCCGCGCCUACGUGGUACUCAACAAAAAUCUACGUUUCAUUUUGCCUGUUUGAACUAUUUCUCGCUUUUAAUAUGCCCGGCCCCAUUGUCAAAGGUGCACCAGUCCCCUGUUUAAAGGGUAAACAACUUGACUACCUAUGCAAUGGCGUGACGUCUUGGUACGCCACUCUUAUUCUUUCCUAUAUAGUGCAUAAGCUUGGAUGGUUUCGUCUCCCCGAUUUAAUUGAUCAGUUUGGACAUCUCAUGACAGCUGCCAUCAUAUCAGGGUUUACUAUCACAAUUGUCAUAUACAUGCACACCAUUUUACAGGGAAAUCAGCAUCGCAUGUCUGGCAAUUUUUUUUAUGACUUAUUCAUGGGCGCUGUUUUGCAUCCACGGAUUGGGAAGGUCGACCUAAAAAUGUUUGCUGAGAUUAGAAUUCCAUGGGUUCUUUUAUUUUACAUUUCUGUGUCGGCAGCCAUCAAAGAAUACGAGCUAUUCGGAUACCUUUCUCCUUCAAUGGGAUUUAUGAUUCUUGCUCAUUUCUUGUACGUGAACGCGUGUAUGAAAGGUGAAGAAUGUAUUCCAACUACAUGGGACAUGAUUUAUGAAAAAUUUGGAUUUAUGCUGAUAUUUUGGAAUUUUGCUGGGGUGCCCUUCACGUAUUGUUAUUCAACCUUGUAUCUGCACUUUGCUAGCAUAGAUAAUGGCGCACCUCUUCAGCAUUCAUUACCGUGGACUAUCUUCUGUUACACGCUUUUACUUACAGGAUACUAUAUUUGGGACACUGCGAACUCACAAAAAAACAGAUUCAGGAUGUCAGUAAACGGCAGCCACAUCCCACGUAACACUUUCCCCCAACUUCCGUGGGGCACACUUAAAAACCCUACUUACAUAAGAACAAAACACGGUAACCUUUUACUGACCGGUGGCUGGUGGGGUAUCGCGCGAAAAGCCCACUACACAGCCGAUUUGAUGAUGGCUUUCGCGUGGGGCUUCAUCACCGGUUUUGAAACAGCGAUCACAUACUUUUAUCCGGUGUUCUUUGUCAUAGUUCUGAUCCAUCGUGUGAGGCGUGAUCUUGAACGGUGCUCGAAAAAAUAUGGCAAAGAUUGGGAAGAAUAUUGUCGGAGAGUGCCAUACAUUUUUAUUCCAGGUUUAAUUUAG